CGGUCGACACGCACCCGGACAUACACACGGUUCCGGGCUUCCGGCUGCACCACUGCCGCACAACGAAGACCGUGAGACCGUCCCCGGUCCAAUGACUCCAAUCUGAUCAAAAUCAGCCAAAAGCUCCCACCAAUCGAGCCCAGAAGAAGCAUGAGAAAAACCUCCGUCAGUUUGAGUUGACCCCACUCGCGUCCCCCGGCUGCCGCCUCGGCACCGAGCGCGAACACCCCUUCCUCCUCUCCCGCGCGCGCCCACGCACGCCCCCACGACCCGCCAUUUGCGGCCUCGCCUGCGCGCGCGCCAUAAACAAUUCCAAGCUCGCGCCUUCGAAUCAAAUCCAUGGAUCUUUCCGUUGUUAAUCCAUGACCUCAUCUCACUCGUUCCCCUUCCUCCCCUCGCUCGCUCGGCCACUGAGUAUUUAAUUGCGCGCAUGUCGAACCGGGCCUUCUUCUUCUUCUAAUUCGAUCGGUUUCCCUGCCACGCCUGUCGCCGGCAGAGCGCGCGGGGGGGGGGGGGGGGGGGGGGCAAUUUUCCUUUUUCUGGCCCGCGUCCUCGGACCACGCGCCGCCCGCGUGCUCGAGAUGCUCUCCUCCAUGCCGAGGUGAGGACUGGAGUGGCCGAGCACGCGCCGCGCCACCCCCUCCCCUCCAUCCCCCUCCUCGCCUAUUAAGAUCCUUCUUUUGCGGCUCUUUCCUCCCUUCUUUUAUUGUUUGACUAUUUAGUCGUUUCGAUUCGAUGAGCUGGGAUUCGCCUUGCAGAUCCGGGUCCUUCGAGGCGGGGCUCAGGGCGACGUCGGUUUCUUCCGCCUCCAGAGAAUCCAAGCCGUCCCCUCGGUUCCAACGCAGCCGGUCCACCGCCGGCAGUUCCAAGGCGUCGCCGUCUCCGGAGAAGCGUCGCAGCGUCACUGGCGUCGUCAGCGGAGGCGCGAUGCAGCAGCGGGUGGCGCAGCUGGAGGAGGAGCUGAGGAAGGAGCGGGAAGAGAAGGCCCGUGCGCUGCAGGAGCUCGACGAGCUCAGGAGAGAUGACGGGGAGAAGAAGAAGACGGACGCCGGCGACGCGGAAAAGCUGCGGGUUUUGGAGCGGGAGGUGGACAAGGCCAAGGAGUCGGAGCGCAAGAUGCUGGAGUCGCUGAUAUACCAGACGAAGCAGCUGGAGCAGACCAAGAUCAGCCUGGAGGAGGCCAAGCUGGAGAUGGCGGCGCUGCAGCAGAGCAACCGGAGCCUCGAGGCGGCGUACAACCGCGGCGGCGUCCUGGAUCAGCAGAGGAGCGUCAAGGACCUCGUGUUCGGCGGCGCGGACGAGGAGAUCAGGGCCCUGCGCGGCGAGCUCCGGACUGCGAUGCAGGGGGAGGAAAAGAGCCGUAAGGCGCUGGACGACCUGUCCGUUGCGCUCUCCGACGUGACCAUGGAGGCGAAGCAGGUCAAGCUGUGGCUCUCCGGGGCGCAGGCCGAGCUGGAGGCCGCCAAUGCCGAGGCCGACCGGCUCCGCGGCGCCCUGGCCGCCGCCGAGACGAGGCUCCGCGAGCAGCACCGGUGCGUGCUUGAGGCCGAGGAGUCCGCGGCCGCGUGGGGCGACAAGGAGCGCGUGUUCCUCGAGUGCGUGCGCGCGUCGGAGGAGGAGGUGAACCUGGCGCGGCAGGAGAACACGAAGCUGGUGGAGUCGCAGCGCGUGAUCCGCGACGAGAACGCCCGCCUCCGCGACAUCCUGAAGCAGGCCGUGGCCGAGGCCAACGUCGUCAAGGAGUCGCUGGAGCUCGCCAGGGCCGAGAACGCGCGGCUCAACGACGCCGUCGCCGAGAAGGACGCCGCGCUGCAGGGCCUGCGGCAGGAGCACGAGUGCGUCAAGGUCAGCGAGGCCGCCGCGCAGAGCAGCCUCAAGGAGCUCAACAGCCUGCUCGCCGCCACGACCACCACGGCGUGCAGCACUCCCAUGUCAGCCAAGACCGCGCCCGCCGUCGUGCCCGAGUACGGCCUGGUCGACCAGCAUCACCUGCCGAGCGGCCGUCUCGUGUCCAGCGCGAAAGGGACGCCGGAAUCAGCGUCGCAUCGUUGGGCGACGGCGGAGAAGCCCCGGACGCCGAGCAGCCGGAGCUACUCGAUCGGCGAGCCCGGCAAGUUCAGGGGAGUGGGAUUCUCGCAGUCGGCGAGGAUGGGGAACCUGAACCAGAAGGACCGGAUGUUCGCGUCGCUCAGCAACAUCGCAGACCUCAAGUCCGCAACGGAUGCGGCCAUGGACGACGAUUACGACGAUGAGUUCGACCACAUUGAUGAGAGCCACUAUGUGGAGCACUCCAUGAACGGCAAGAAGAAGAGGCCCAUACUUCGCAAGUUCGGGGAUCUGUUCAGGAGGAAAAGCUUCUACAAGGCGAAUUUAGCGCCAGUACACACUUGAAUUCUCGCCCAUGUAAUCCUUCAGGCUGUUUUGUUUUGUUUUGUUUUGUUUUGUUCAUCUGAAUAGAAGACAAAUUUGAACGGAAUAUUCUUUGCAUCCAACUGUUUCUUGUUGCGCUGAAA